GUGUGCUCAUACGGCCCCUCCCUACGCUUCCGUGUUCAUCCUGUGAAGGGUGUUCUGGGCUCCCUCUUAGACUCUCCUGCUGUAAUACAUGCUUCUAGAAACUUCUUUCUUCCCAGAAAAUCCUGAAAUCCUCCUACCAGGGAGACUGGGGUCCUAGUGACCUCCUUGUGUGGCUCCUGGCCCUCUUUAGGAUUUACGCCCACUGGCCUGAGGCUAGAGAUGGCCACUUCAUCCCACAGAGGAGCAGCUGAAGGAAGCCAAGUGGAUCGCAGAAGCUGUGAGACAUCGAUAGGACAUGGGGAAGGACCAAGCACCAGCCGGGACCAGGAGGAUAAUUUCAAGCGGAGCCAGGGAACAUCCACACUGCGGCUCCUGAUGUUAGGGAAACACGGCGCAGGCAAAAGCGCCACAGCGAACACCGUCCUGGGUAAGGCCGUGUUCGAGUCCAAGUUCAGCGAUCACAUGGUCACCACCCGGUGCCAGAGUGAGAGUGUGUCCCUGGAAGGGGAGCAGCGGGUCGUUGUCAUCGACACCCCGGAUCUUUUCUCCUCCCUGGCCUGUGAGGAGGUCAGGCAGCAAAGCCUGAAGCAGUGCCUGGAGCUGCUGACGGCUGAUGGACGCCAAGUGCUGCUCCUGGUCACUCCCAUUGGCCACUAUACAGAGGAGGACAGGGACACCAUUGAGGGCAUCGAGGGUUUGUUUGGCCCUAACGCCUACCGUCACAUGAUCGUGGUCUUCACUCGGGAAGAUGAGCUGGGUGAAGACUCGCUGAAGGACUACAUCAUAAGCAAGAGUUCUCUUAAGGCGUUGCUUGAAAACAUUGGAGGUCGAUACUGUGCUUUCAACAACAAGGCAGACAAGGAGCAGCGGGAACAGCAGGUGUUCCGGCUCCUCGAUAUGAUUAAGCAGUUGAUGGUGGAGAGCCCGGGGCAUCUUGUGCCCUUGAAUGUGGAAGACAAUGGAGUCCAGGUUUGUGGGAGUAGAGCUCCAUAUGAAGGAGGAGACCAUCUGUGUGGUCCAGAGAAGAAACAGCCUCCUAUUACAGGACCUGAUCAGGAUGUAGAGAUGCCAGAACUGAGGGUCCUCCUCAUGGGGAAGCGUGGUGUUGGGAAAAGUGCAGCAGGAAACAGCAUUCUGGGGAAGCGGCCCUUUAAGAUUCAACUCAGUGAGCAGGGGGUCACCAAGGACUUUUCAUGCCACAGCAGGGUCUGGAAUGGGAAGAAAGUUCUGGUCAUUGAUUCUCCAGAGAUCUCAUCAUGGAGGCCUGAUGCAGCUGAUAUCAAGAAGCACAUCUCUCCAGGUCCCCAUGCCCUCCUGCUGGUGACACCACUGCACUCUUUGAUAAAGAGUGAUGACAAAAUGUUCAGCCAGGUCAAAAGCAUCUUUGGAGAAAAAUUCACCAAGUUCACAAUUAUUCUCUUUACCAGAAAAGAAGAUUUGGAGGGUCAGGAUCUAGAAGAAUUUAUAGAGAAAAAUAGUCAUCUCCACAGUCUCACCGUGAAAUUUGAAAACAGAUACACGGCUUUCAACUACCGGGUAACCGGGGAGGAGGAGCAGAAGCAGGUGGACGAACUCCUGGGCCAGGUGGAGAGCAUGGUGCAGCGCAACAGCAACAGACCCUGUAUCCUCCGAGAGAAAGAACUCUUAAACAUCAUCCUCGUAGGAAGGAGUGGGACCGGAAAGAGCGCAACUGGGAACACGAUCUUGGGGAGACCUGCCUUCCUGUCUCAACUCGGAGCUCAGCCUGUCACCACUAGAAGCCAGAGUGGGAGGAGGACGGUGGACUGGCAGGAUAUUGUGGUUGUGGACACUCCGUCAUUCAGCCAGUUGCCUGAGAUUCAAAAGGACCCUUCCAGGAUGGAGGAGGAGGUCAACUACUGUUUGUCUCUCUGUGAAGAAGGAAUGAAGGUUUUCGUCCUGGUGGUCCAGCUGGGUCGGUUCACCCACGAAGACGAGGCAGCAGCGGAGCAACUGGAGGCCAUUCUUAAGGAAAAAAUUAUGAUUGUGCUGUUCACACGAAAGGAGGAUCUGGAGCACGGGGACCUUCGUGACUACACUAGUAACACAAAGAACAAAGCCCUUAAAAGAAUACUUAAAAAGUGCAAGGAGCGAGUUUGUGCUUUUAAUAACAAAGAGACUGGUCAAGACAGGGAGGCCCAGGUGAAAGAGCUGUUGACAUUGGCCAAUAGUCUCAGACAGAACUGUGGUGAGCAUUCACAUAAAGGGUGGUUUUGGACCAGUUUAAAACAGUAGGCCAACACAUUUCUAGGUUUUUUUUUUUUAAAUGAUGAGCUCAAGUGAGCAAUUAAAAGGUCUGGGGACACAGGGAUGCCAUCAGACAGAGGUGGGUGGGAUGAGGGAUGGCAUGACUGGAGGGGGGGUUCCCCUCAAAGAAAGUUCACGACUUUGAAGCUUGAGGGAUAAACGCACCUCACGUUGGAUGUAGGUGUUCGGAUGAAUAAAUUGUCAAGUUAGGCCAGGCAGUAGGGAAUUAGAGGGGGAAGAGAAUACAGUAGAGAACAUGGGAAAUGUUUUUAAAAUCAAGAUGAUAUGAAGGGUCAAAAACAUUUCAGCAGUGUAGGUUGAACAGAGUCAGGACUGACACCAUGACCAAGGCUCAAGUUAACACUGAGCCCCAAGAACCCUGAGAACCAGGGGAUCUGGGCGGAUCCACACACAGGGACAAGCCCAGCAUUCUUGGGCAUGGCAGAAAGUGGAUGUGAGCAUCAGCAUUCCAACUUCAUUCUGUCUUUGUGCCCAGCCUCACUGGUGUGGGACACUUACUCAUGGUGUUCUGUGCAUGGCUGCGAAGAUCUGCUGGAAGUUGCUUGAGGUGGACAGCAUGUGAGAUGAACAAUAUGAAACCUUCUGCAAGGUAUAGUAAGGGUCAGGCAUUUUAAAUAUCGGCUACUUUCAUAUGUACCUUGAGAAUAUAUAUAUAUAUAUAUAUAUGUGUGUGUGUGUGUGUGUGUGUGUGUGUGUGUGUGUGUGUGUGUGUUUAGUUAGCUUCAAGAUUAACCUAUUGGUAGGAUAAUGAAGUCUGGAAAUUGAUAUUUUUUUUGAUAUUAUACUUUAUCUUAGCCAAAAGGCUGAGAAGUGAUUCCACUAUAAUUGAAUGCUACAUAUGUCUUAACAUGGUAAUGUCUAGAAAAUGUAUGUGUAAAUAUAUUGAGUUGAAUCAUAUAAUAAAGAUGAAUUGGAUUAUGACUUUA